AGUCGUCAGAAGUGCUGUGAGCUCUGUCAACAUGUCUGCUGUCUGGAUGAAGAUCGCCACCAUCCUUUGCCUCUGCUGCUCAGAGCUGACUGAUGCAAGAGUGAUGUGGAAAGAAGCCGGAGAGUCCAUCACCAUCUCGUGCACCUCUGAUUCCCAACUGCAGAUGAUGUAUUUGAUGAAGGGUCUCAAUCGGGACGAACAGAUUUUUUUUACAGAGAGAACAAAACAAAAACACAAUAUCAAAGACACGAUGAAGGUCAGAGUUCAGGCACAUAUUGUCUUCCCAAAAGUAGAGGUUCUCAUCAAAAACCUGACUCGGAAUGACACAGGACCGUACUGGUGUUUGUACAAAACCAUGAGCUCAAGUGAAUACACAGACUCUCUGCUGCUGGUGGUGACGGAAAAACAACAAGAAAGGACAGCAGCAGUCUGUGAGUCCUCCAGCGUGAAUGUGGUUGUCUUGGCUGUCGUAGCCUUUUCUGCCUUCCUGCUCGCCAUCAUGCUGUUCCUAGUUUUAUGGAUCACGAAAAAGAACACCAGGGCCUCAUUUCGCCCAGAGAAAACAAGCAGCCGUCCGAAAAACAACGAUGUUUACGAAGACAUGAGAGGAACAAUCAGACGCUGAGGAACAGCGGCUGCAGGCUGUAAAAAAAUGAAAACAACACAACUCUGCACCGCGUGGUCGAGAACAUCAGAGGCAGCGCUGCAACUCAGCAGUCCCAUGACUUAUUCACGGUUUCAGUUUUUUUUGUAAAUGAGGUUCGUGCAACAACUAAGGAGAGUUUCUGUUUUUUGUUUCACAUUAUGAGGAUUACAUAUGUACAUGACCUAUUUUUUCUAACUAUUCAGUGUUAAAUUUUAUUUUAUAUUCUCUUCACUUUCUUAUGCCUUUCUGACCAAGCAUGUUCCUGUUUCACGGUGGUUGUCCCUUGUUUCGAUGUUACACACCAUCCCGACCACAAACUUCAGUGGAAAUAACAAAACUCAAAUCUUGUGGUCCUUCUGUGACCAAAAGAUCACUUGUUUGUCAGCCUUCUAUUCCAUUAAACUCAUCCAGAUACAGAAUAUUUACAUAUUUCAUCAACCUAGAGUUUGAUCUUCGGCACUGAGGUUAAAUCCAUUUGCACUUGUAAAGUUAAUGUUAACAAUAACUGUAAAUAUGGUGAGUAGGGAGGGUAAAACCAACAGAAAGAGAUAAUGUGGUCAAUAAGUUCUCUAGCAUAACUAAAGGGAUGAGCCAGGAUAACCCAGACUAACCUUAAAGAGCAAGUCACCCCCUACCAGAUUCUUACUCAACUCCCACUUCCUGUUUGAAAAAUGCAACAAAUGCUGUUGCCUAGCAGGCCGAGAGGGUGGAGCCACUAACAAAUACAGACACACACAGGCUCACACCGACAUUGUGACAUCAUAUGGUACCAGCUAAUGUUCUAGGGUACCUCUUAGCCAAAAGCGAUGGCAGAUUUAAAUUCAACUGCAGUGCAGAGUUUUUACCUGACAACGGCACAACACUGACAGUUUUAGGCAAAAAAUUAAAAUUUUAACUAAAAUCCACUAAAGUGCAAAACUAUUGGCUACACUUGUCUGCAGCAUGAUUAGACACACAUUUACAUAGUUUAUCAGGAAAAAAAAGUUGAUUUGGGGGUGACUUGCUCUUUAACUAUAGGAUUCAUCCAGAAAGACAGGGUGUCUGCCUUAUGAGGAUGUUAAACAAAGCUCACUGUAAAUAUCCAUAAUGCACAUUUAAAUGUCAUAGGUUUACUUUAUAUUGUUAAAGUUUUACUGUAUUGUUACUUUUCCGCAAAUAAAACAAUUGUUUUUAAUUUUGGAAUUGUCUCAAUUAUACUUUUUUGACUACGUUUUUAUUUCUUCCCAGAAAGCCACGCUGCUCGGAUCAGAGCCAAAGUUCUCCGUGGUUCCCGAGCCUCAGGACAAAAUCAGAACAAAGUGAUUUUUUUAUGAUUGGUUUCUGUCGUGAGCUGGGAAAUACAGAUCCAGGAGUAGAAAAAUAAAAAUAAAUUUUUUUGUUGUCCCUCAAUGGGGAAAUGUUGGUGUCCCUGCAGCAAGGACACACACCACAGGAGCAAAAAGAGGAGUACAAAAUUAAGAAUAAAAAGUGAGUCAGAGUUAGGAGUAGACGACUAGAAAAUAUAACACAGAAUUACUUGAAAUAUUUAAAAAUCUAAAUUUGGAGUAUAUACUCCAUCCAUCCAUUUUCAUCCGCUUAUCCGGAGUCGGGUCACGGGGGCAGUAGCCUAAGUCGAGAGACCCUGACUUCCUUCUUCCCAGCCACUUGGGCCAGCUCCUCCAGGGGAAUCCCAAGGCGUUCCCUGGCCAGGUGAGAGACAUUGUCCCUCCACCAUGUCCUGGGUCUACUUUUAGGUCUCCUCCCAAUUGGACGUGCCCGUAAACCUCACCAGGGAGGCGUCCAGGAGACAUCCUGAUCAGAUGCCCGAGCCACCUCAACUGGCUCCUCUCGAGUCAUCUGGCCAUGUGGAACAUAUACUCAUUUUAAGAAUUUCUGACAGCUUUCAGCAGAAAUGCGGGUAUAUUUCUGGUAUCAUUUUAGCCUGGACUUGUUUAAGGGGUUAGAUUGGGGGUUAAACCACCAAAUAGUUCCCGAGUGCAGCCACCGCCCCCCUCCAUGGGGAUGGGUCAAAUGAAUUUCACCAGUGUGUGAGGAUGACUAUGGGACUUUAACUUUAACUUUGGUCCCAGACCAGCUCAGGUUAGCCAUUAGCUUGUAAGUUUGAUCAAAGCUGAUGCGUUUUUUUUAAACUGAGAUCAUUCGUAGGGCUACCAACAACCAGUAGGAUUUGCAUACAUGUUCCAUAGAAACCUGCUUCACAGAUCGGACUUACUCUUUUAUCAGGAAUCAAAGUUGAUACUGUUUUUGCAUAAAAACUGCUUCUUGUUGGCAUUUGACAUCUACAUAGAUGAGAUAACUGAUAUACAACCCUUCAGUUUUAACACGGUGCAUGUUUUAUUUCCAAUGUCAGAUAUUACAACAUUUCCACACAGUAAGUUCAAAUCCGUGUGAAACUCCAGAAAAAGAAAGCACCACUCAACCCUUCGACCUAGUCAAGUCAAGCCAGCGCAUGUGCCGCCUUACACAAACACGGUGAUCCUUAAACGCUGUAAAUCAGGCAACAACUCAAACACUGUGAGUCCAGACAAGUUCAGCUAAACUGAGAGUCGAAAGACACCAAGUGAGUCAACACCGAGAGUUCAGGGGGCGAAGAAAGCAUGCAGCGUGUUGGUGAAGUGGAUGUUUACUUGUGCAGCAUGCUUGUGGUCACAAGCUGCGACUUUGUCCUUCCUUCAGAAAAAAACAGAGCGAGCGGUUUAGAGCGUGAAAUGUGUCACUUAGGUGUUUGUGUGUGAAAAGUCUUGCUACCACAGUGCAAACAUCCUGGUGUUGUUUUGUGUCUGCACGUCUUCAGUGAGAUGACUUUUGAAAAGACCAUGGAAAUCGUGCUCUAAGGUAAGCGGUGGCGUGAAUCGGAAACUGAGACCCCCCUCUUACAAGAAAUCUGACAUCAGCAUGCUAACGUACAAGAAGAACCAUGCUGUCCAUUCCCCUUUGUUUCCUGUUUUCUUUAUUAAAGACAUUUUUCUUUUUCUAUA